AGUAAUUGAGGUUGAAUGUUUGUUAUUGUUGUACCUUUAAAACUAAGCAUAAGAUUUUAUUUGGUGAAAAUAAUGUUUUUAAUCUAAUAUGUUUCGCUUAUAGCAUAUGAUUCUGCUUUAACAGUUUGUUGAUUAAAUAUUCUUUCUACAUGUUUUUAGCUUUGGCCGCCAAAACUGCAGUUAUGGCUCCGAAGACCCGGGCGACAAGGAAAAAAAGGUUCUUAGAAGGAGAUUGCAGUGCUGCUAAUUUAUACUGUGCUGAAAGUCAUGAUAAAAGUUUAUCAACUCAGGGAGAUAUGCGAGAAAUGAGCAAUGAUCAAACUUUCGUUGCCGCUAUAGCUGAAAGCCCUUUUUCUCAUGAAGACAGAACAGUGGUGCAGCCAACAACAAAAAGAAAACGGGUUUUGAAAAAUGUAGACGGAUUGGGACAUGGCGACAAACAAGUUAGAAAUAAUCAACAAAAUGUUAAUCUAGCUGCAAACCAAGGUGUUACUGGAAAUCAGGAUUUGUUUGCUGCUAUAAAUUCAGACAAUGACACUGCAAGUGCAAUGGUCGAGGGCUCAUCUACUUUCGGUCAGGCGUUGUAUCAAAGAAGCAAACAAGCGCAUGUUUUUGGUCAGAAGAAGCAAACAAACAACUGUCUAAAAAGGCACAUCUCAUCUAUACCAAUUGUUGCAAAAAUGGACAAGUUAAACUUCAACAAUCCAAUCCAGCACCAAGUUUUCUUCAGAAAAUUUUAGAUCCACAAAAUGUUCCAGAAAGUACAUUAUUUAGACAGAAUAUUAGAGUUUAUAAUUCAAUGUUCUCUUUUACAUCAA